AUGUCAGCUCCAACUCCUGUAUCAUACUCUGAUAUUGGUAAGGCCGCUUCAGAUUUGUUUAGCAAAGAUUUUCCACUUGAUUUAAAGCUUGAAGUAAAAAAUCUUGCUUCGAAUAAUGUUGUAUACCAAACAACUUAUGGUGAAUUAAAAACUAAAUAUGUUUAUCCAAAACGAGGAGUCACCCUUACUCAAACAUGGACGACAACAAAUAAUUUGAUAGCGCAAAUUGAGCUUGACAAUAGUCUUUCCAAAGGUUUAAAGCUUGAUUUACAAUCAAGUCUUCAACCUUCAUCUGGAGAUAAAAAUAUUAAAGGUGGUUUGAUAUUCAAACAACCGGGUUUACACUCAAAAGCAUAUUUUGAUAUGGACAAAGGUCCUAUUUUUCAAGCUGAUACUGUGAUCGGGAAAGAAGGAUUUUUAGUUGGUGGUGAUGCCUCAUAUGAUGUGGCAGAUGGUAAAAUUUCACGUUAUGGUAUAGCUGCUGGAUAUGUCGCACCUGAUUAUAGUAUCACUCUCCGUGCAACGAAUUUAUUGUCUACUUAUACACUUUUGUAUUUUCAUCGUGUACAAUCUGAUAUCGAGGCUGGUGCCAAAGCCGUAUUGGAUGAUAGCGGUGUCAAAAUGGAACUCGGCACAAGAUACAUUUUGGAUAAACAUUCUUUUGUAAAGGCUAAAAUUGAUAAUUCUGGUUGUCUGGGUCUUGGAUACACACAAGAACUUAGACCAGGUAUCAAAUUAUCUUUGGGUGGUCAUAUUGACGCAACUCUUAUUAUGUUGUUUGAAGAUUAUUAUGGAUUGUCGACAGCUUCAUCUGUAAGACAAGCUAAAGCGCGAACAUUAGCAGCAGCGGCAUCUCCUUCUACCAUCACUACUACAAAAGGUGAAAUAGAAUCUAUUGGAUAA